ACUGAAAAGCAUUUGCAUUGGUAAAAAACCCUGGAGGAUUUUUCAUACUUUCUCUACCAAUUUUCAUUUGGCUGUGGCCUCCUCCGACCCAUUCUCCAACAAGCGCUGCUUUUGGCGAUGACACUUCGGUAGCCCUCGGGUUCGACAAUUCAACCGUUCUUUCUUCCAUCCAAUCCCUACUAACAAUUGGAUGAGAGACAUGGCAUUUUCCGAUGAUGAAUGUGAAGCAAAAAUAAAUACUGUAUCCAACUAUGAUUUUGUAGACGAUAACGAUGAGCCUAUUUCGUUCUGUGAGUUAUCGAUUCAGUGGAAAAAGGGUGUGCGUUCAGUUGGGAAGAGGAAGCAUAUAUUUUUACGUGGUGAUGCUGAUAAUGGCAAUAUGAAGAUUUAUGAAGAAGUUACUGCUUGGAAAUUCGAUUUGUCAAGUAUGAAGCCAGACAUUUGGGUGCUACAUAAAAAAGAGAGUUGGAUCUUACUUCUUAAACCAAGAAAGGCAUAUGAGGAUACAAUUAUUAGAUCAGUAGUUGUUACCCUGCAUUGCUUGCAAUUUUUCAGAAAAAAUCCCGACUCUUCUCUUAAAUCCAUGUGGGAAAAUAUGCACAAGGUUUUCAGUUUUGAGCGAAGGCCUUCUGAUAAUGACCUAAUGGAACACACAGACUUCAUUAGCGAAGCUUUAAAGCAUGAUGCACUAUUGGCCAAAUCUAAGGUCUUAGUUACGUUCCUUAAAGAGAGGCCUACAAAGAAUAGAAAUCUUGAUGAGGUCAAUGAUAAAACCCUUUCAGGGUUUAUAGAUGAUGAUCUAGCUGAUGAAUGUUCAGAAGAUCUCUCUGAUGAUGAUGAAGAUGAUCAGUUUGAAUCUGUUUGUGCUAUCUGUGAUAACGGUGGUGAGAUUAUUUGUUGCGAAGGGAAGUGCUUGAGGUCAUUCCAUGCUACUAAAGAAGCUGGUCGUGAAUCUUAUUGUGAAUCUCUUGGAUUUACUCGUCAACAAGUUGAUGCUAUCCAGAAAUUUUACUGCAAGAAUUGCGAAUAUCAAAAACACCAGUGCUUUGCGUGUGGAAAGUUGGGGUCAUCAGAUUUAUCCUCUGGUGCUGAGGUUUUUCGUUGUUUUAAUGCAACCUGUGGUCGCUUUUACCAUCCACAUUGUGUGGCCAAACUGCUCAAUCGCAAUAACCAGUUAAACGUGGAAAGUCUUGUGGAAAAUAUUGCUGCUGGAAAAGAUUUUGCUUGUCCCAUGCAUCAGUGUUUUGUUUGUAAUAUGCUUGAAGAUAAGAAAAACAAGGAAUUGCAAUUUGCUAUAUGCAGGCGGUGUCCUAGAUCAUAUCAUAGAAAAUGUUUGCCAAGUGAGAUUGCAUUCGAAGAGAAUGAGGAUGAGGGUAUUGUACAAAGGGCUUGGGACAAUCUUAUUCCAAACAGAAUUCUGCUUUACUGCCUAGAGCAUGAAAUUGAUGAAGAACUUCUGACGCCUACUAGAAACCAUUUAAAAUUUCCUGGGAUUAAUCUACAUAAAAUAAAGCAGAAACCUGAGCUGGUGGGGAAAAAGAAGAUUGUGCGAAAGAGUAUCAGUCCUUUAUCUGAAGCUGUCAAUCAAAAUUAUGUUGCCAAGCAGAAGUCAUCCACUGGAUCAUUUGGUGUUUCUUCUAAAAAGAGAGAGGGAAAGUUGCCCCCACCCACUUCAUUCAAGAAACAGAGAGUGGUGGACACUACUAGAAAGAGUUUGGAGAAGGCUUCCUCUGCUAAACAAUAUCAACCUGCUGUGACUGAAGGCAAAGUGUCUUUAGGGCAAAAACUAUUUGAGCUUAAUCAGCGGAUGAGCAAUGAUGCUGAGCCAGUUGGUUCUAAUGAAGUGGCCAAAGUCUCAUUUGCAAAAAAGGAAACAGGCACUUCAUUGACUCUAGACGCUGACUCGAAAAAAAGAAUAUUGAGCAUUGUGAAAGAUUCUUCCAAUAUAACUCUCGAUACAACAUUGAAGAAGCUCAAAGUGCCAACUGAAAAUGUAUACUCUUCAAAAUUUGCUAUCGACAAGUCUAUAACCUUGGGAAAGGUUGAGGGAUCUAUUAAGGCAAUUCGCACAGCUUUGCAAAGGCUAGAAGAGGGAGGAAGUGUUGAUGAUGCCAAAGUAGUCUGUGAUCCUGCUCAUCUCACACAGAUAAUGAAGUGGAAGAACAAGCUAAAGGUGUAUCUUGCUCCAUUUUUAUAUGGUGUGCGCUACACUUCAUUUGGCCGCCACUUCACUCAGGUGGACAAGCUAAAGGAGAUCGUGAGUAUGCUUCAAUGGUAUGUGCAAGAUGGUGACACAAUAGUGGAUUUCUGUUGUGGUUCGAAUGAUUUCAGCUGCCUUAUGAAAACGAAGGUGGAUGAGAUUGGGAAGAAAUGCUCUUUUAGAAAUUUUGAUAUCUUGCAGCCAAAGAACGAUUUUUGCUUUGAGAAGAGAGACUGGAUGACUGUCCAGCCAAAGGAAUUACCGCCCGGGUCAAAGUUGAUCAUGGGGCUUAAUCCUCCAUUUGGAGUGAACGCAGGACUUGCUAAUAAGUUUAUUAACAAAGCUCUCGAGUUUAAGCCAAAGCUUCUCAUCCUUAUUGUCCCCCGUGAGACCCAACGUCUUGAUGGUAAAAAGAAUCCAUACAAUCUCAUUUGGCAGAAUGAUGAGUUGCUCAGUGGAAAGGCGUUUUAUUUGCCGGGAUCAAUUGACGUGAAUGACAAAACAUUGGAGGAUUGGAACUUAUCCACGCCACCCCUUUAUCUUUGGAGCCGUCCAGAUUGGACCAGGAAACACAAAGAAAUUGCAGAAUACCGUGGUCACUUGUCAAGGGAUAACAAGCUGGAUGGGAACCAGUCUAAGAAGCCACCUGUCACUGUGGAUGAUUUGGAACAGCUGGCGCCGCCGCCACCACCUGUGAGAGUAAAAGUAAACACCAAUAAGGCUGAGCUAACCAAAUCACCAACAGAUGCUGCCACCACCACCGGAUGUCUCAAUAGCAGCAGUGCAGCAGCAGCAGUUGAAGCCCAGAAUGUUCCUAGCCCUGGUGGAAAGAAGAAACCUGCCCAGAGCUCGAAGCCUGGGAUCUGCAGUAAAAAAAAGAAGAAACGCAAAAGAAAGUCAUUCAAUGGACCAAUUAAAAAUAACAAACCCAUGCCACGUCACCCCUCACCCAGCAUGUCUGAUGGUGGGGAUAUAUCAAUUCAUCAAGGUGAAGAGUGCAAUUAUUUUUCCAGUUCCUCACCUGGCAAAUGCCAUAUUCCUCCAUCCUAUCGUCAAGAAAGAAUUCCACUAGGACGAACAGAGUUUGGUGUUCAGUACAACAAUGAUGAUGUGGUGAGCAAGUAUUUGCCAAACAGGUGGCCAAGCCCCCCUGGUCCACCUGAGUUUGUUCCUCCUCAUCACACACAAGCUCAAAUCUAUGGUGAGGAUUACUUGAGCCAAAACACCGUGGGCCUUGAUCACGGUUUUCCUUUGCAUGGUAGGAUGAGUACAGCAGCAGCUGGGUGGAGUCAACCGCCGCAGCAACUGCAUGAGGUGAACCAGUCAAGGAUGAAUAACUUUAAUAAUCCUCGUUCUAGCAGUAGUCAUCGUAGUUUUAGCUCCCUUGAUUUCGCUGAAGGUCCUUACCGCCCCUUUUCACAGAACUCGUCUGGGUGGAUAAAUGACUAGAGUUAGGUCUCCAUUGUAGAAUUUUACAGAUGAUUGUAUUUUACUUUUCUGGCAUUCUGGCACAAUACUGUUUUUAUGUGCUAGUGUUUAACAGUAGGUACGUGUUUAGCACAUUGUAGCAGUUUUCAAUAUAAAAAAAUCUAUAAACUUUUUGUGAAAUAUAUUAGGGCGCAUAAAUGUUAUUGCUAAAA